UUUUAAUCAGUUCAGCUAUUUUAAAUGGUGAACAAUAGCGCCACUCGUCUUGUUACAGGCCUAGAUAACAUCAGGCUAGAGUUGUGACGUUCGCGAACGAACCGAUUCUUUUGAACGGCUCAUAAACAUGAACGAUGGGAGCCGAGUCGCGGCUGGAGGGGAGCCGUUCUUUCUGUCGUUCUUUUUUCCCAUGCGUGUUUCACACAGAUGCACACAAAUGAGCUCCUCCGGGUGCUCCUCCUCCUCUAGGGGUGGGAGCUAUCUCCCAUUGUUAUAUCUCCCACCCCUAUGAGCAGGUAGCUGGAACAGUGGAAGCCAGGAAUCCAACCGCCGAUGCUGUCAUGGAGGUGCAAGCCUACCUGGAGGAGCCUCUUCUUCCAACACAUGAGGAUCCCCUCAAGUGGUGGGAGAGUCGAGCCCCUGUUUACCCCAGGCUUAGCAAGCUGAUGGCCAAGAAGCUUUGUGUUGUGGCGACAUCAGUUCCCUCUGAGAGAAUAUUCUCGAAAACUGGACAGAUAAUCUCAGAGAGGAGAAGUCGCCUUAAGCCCAAAAAGGUCAGAGCUCUUGUCUUCUUUAAUGCAAAUUUGCCCAAGGACAAAAAAGAGAGGCAGAAAAAGCCAUUAAGUGCUUCUGCUGUUGAUUCAGACAGAGUGUCAGUGUCAGUGAUGGAGGGAGAUACAGUGACUUUACACACUGAUGUUGAAAACAUGAACCAAAGAGACAGAAUGUUUUGGAUUUUUGAAAACAGUCGCAUAGCUAUAAUUCAUGGAGAUAAAUAUAAGGUCUGUACAGAUGAUGAGUGUAAAGAGAGAUUCAGAGACAGACUGAAGCUGGAUCAGACUGGAUCUCUGAUCAUCACAAACACCAGAACCACAGACUCUGGAGAAUAUAAACUAAAGAACACCACCCGCAACAUCGACAAUAUCUUUAGUGUUACUGUACAUGGUGUUUCUGCUGCUGAACGAGAUGACAUGAAGAGAAAGUCGGUGAAGGAGGGAGAAUCUGUUACUUUAGAUACUGCAGUAAUAAAAAACCAAAAUGAUGUGAUGACGUGGUAUUUUAAUGACUCUCUCAUCACUGAAAUCAGUGAAGAUCAGAGUAAAAUCUGUAUAGAUGAUCAGUGUGAUGAGAGAUUCAGAGACAGACUGAAGCUGGAUCAGAAUGGAUCUCUGACCAUCACAAACAUCACAAACACAGACUCUGGAGAAUAUCAACUGAAGAUCAGCAGCAGCAGAUUCAGCAUCAUGAGGAGCUUCACUGUUACUGUCUCUGGUUUUUCAGAUUCAGGAUCAUUUUCAGUUGCCGCUGUUGUUGUUGUUGUUGUUCUUCUUCUUCUUCUGCUCGUUGCUGCUGUGGUUUUCUACAAACGCAAAGCAAUAAUGAAUUGCAUCAGGAGGCAGCGCGAGAGAGCAGGAGCGCAGUGA